AUGGCUCAAGUACCUACUCAAAAGGAUGAAAAAGAAAAGAAGAACGACGAGCUGGCAACGGCCAUCCUCAAGGUAUGCACUCACUUUUUGAUAUUGGUGUUUUAAAUUCACUGACUCACAUUUUUCACAAUAUUAUGGUUUCAGGACAAGGUUCGUCCAAACCGCCUCAUCAUUGAUCAGUCGGAAAAUGACGAUAACUCGAUGGUAAUGCUCUCGCAAGCCAAAAUGGACGAGCUAGGUCUCUUCCGAGGAGAUUCUGUCGUUCUGAAAGGAAAGAAACGAAAAGAGACCGUUUCGAUUGUGAUCAACGCUGACGGAUGUCCGAAUGACAGAAUCCGGAUGAACAAGGUCAUCCGGAACAACCUUAGAAGCCGUCUCGGAGACGUUGUGAACAUCUCCAGUGCUCAAUUGGAAUAUGGAAAAAGGAUCCAUGUGCUGCCUAUCGAUGACACGAUUGAGGGACUGACUGGAAACCUUUUCGAUGUGUUCCUCAGGCCGUACUUUUCAGAUGCCUACCGCCCAUUGCACAAAGGUGAUAUUUUCACUGUGCAGGCAGCAAUGAGAACGGUGGAGUUCAAGGUUGUGGAAGUGGAACCAUCUUCCGCGUGCAUCGUGGCUCCUGAUACCGUCAUUCAUUACGAAGGUGAUCCAAUCAAGAGAGAAGAGGAGGAGGAAUCACUCAACGAAAUUGGAUACGAUGAUUUGGGAGGAGUUCGCAAGCAACUCGCUCAGAUCAAGGAGAUGGUCGAAUUGCCGCUCCGUCACCCUCAACUGUUCAAGGCUAUCGGAGUAAAGCCUCCACGUGGAAUCCUCCUCUUCGGACCACCAGGAACCGGAAAGACUCUCAUUGCCAGAGCUGUUGCUAACGAGACUGGCGCUUUCUUCUUCCUGAUCAAUGGACCCGAAAUCAUGUCGAAGAUGUCCGGAGAAUCGGAAUCCAAUCUGAGAAAGGCGUUCGCCGAAUGUGAGAAGAACUCUCCGGCCAUUCUGUUCAUUGAUGAGAUAGAUGCGAUUGCCCCGAAACGUGAGAAGGCCCACGGAGAGGUCGAGAAGCGCAUCGUGUCUCAAUUGCUCACUCUCAUGGACGGACUCAAAACUCGCGCUCAUGUCGUCGUUAUUGCCGCCACCAACCGUCCCAACUCCAUCGACGGAGCACUUCGUCGUUUCGGCCGUUUCGAUCGUGAAAUCGACAUUGGAAUUCCAGACGCCGUUGGACGCCUUGAGAUUCUGAGAAUCCACACCAAGAACAUGAAGCUCAGCGAUGACGUGGAUUUGGAACAAGUGGCCAACGAGAGCCAUGGAUUCGUCGGUGCUGAUUUGGCUUCUCUCUGCUCCGAAGCUGCUCUCCAGCAGAUUCGUGAGAAGAUGGAACUUAUUGAUCUGGAAGAUGAUCAGAUUGACGCCGAGGUGCUGAAUUCGCUGGCUGUCACUAUGGAGAACUUUAGAGUGAGUUCAUACCGUAUUCCUAACUUUCAAACUUUAAUGUGCCCUCAUCUUGGAAUUCCAAGGAUUUCGUUUUGUAAUUUAUAUAUUUCUUUUCAGUUCGCCAUGGGCAAGUCUUCCCCAUCAGCUCUCCGCGAGGCCGUCGUCGAGACUCCGAAUGUCACCUGGUCGGACAUCGGCGGUCUGCAACAAGUCAAGCAGGAGCUUCAGGAGCUUGUGCAGUAUCCGGUGGAGCACCCGGAAAAGUAUCUCAAAUUCGGAAUGCAGCCAUCUCGAGGAGUUCUGUUCUACGGACCGCCCGGAUGCGGUAAGACUCUUCUCGCCAAGGCCAUAGCGAACGAGUGUCAAGCCAACUUCAUCUCGAUCAAGGGACCUGAGCUUCUGACCAUGUGGUUUGGAGAGUCUGAGGCCAAUGUGCGUGACGUCUUCGACAAGGCUCGUGCCGCUGCGCCGUGCGUUCUUUUCUUCGACGAGUUGGAUUCCAUCGCCAAAGCGCGUGGAUCGAGUGUCGGAGACGGUGGAGGCGCCGCCGAUCGUGUCAUCAACCAGGUUCUGACUGAGAUGGACGGAAUGAACGCCAAGAAAAACGUGUUCAUCAUCGGAGCCACUAAUCGUCCGGAUAUUAUCGAUCCGGCUGUUCUUCGACCAGGACGUCUCGAUCAAUUGAUCUACAUUCCACUUCCGGACGAGGCUUCGAGACUUCAAAUCUUCAAGGCCGGACUUCGCAAGACCCCACUCGCUGCCGACUUGGAUCUCAACUAUCUUGCCAAGAACACUGUCGGAUUCUCUGGUGCCGAUCUGACUGAGAUUUGCCAACGGUAAGCCUCUGUUUUCAAUAGAUUCCUUUAACACUUCUUAUUCAGUGCUUGCAAGCUCGCCAUUCGCGAGUCCAUCGAAAAGGAGAUCCGCCUCGAGAAGCAGAAACAGGACAGCCUCGCCCGUGGAGAAGAGCUGAUGGACGACGAAGCGUCAGAUCCAGUCCCAGAAAUCACGAGGGCACACUUCGAGGAGGCGAUGAAAUUCGCCAGAAGAUCAGUCACUGACAACGACAUCCGCAAGUACGAGAUGUUCGCGCAGACUCUCCAACAAUCACGAGGAUUCGGAAACAACUUCAAGUUCCCGGGAGAGGGACAACCAACAUCAGGAAGCGACCCAGCUGCCAACGACGACGAUGACUUGUACAACUAA